CAUGUACGUCACGACUACGUCAGACGCAGAACCCGGAAGUUUUUACUGUCAUUUCAGCUGCAGAGAAAUGUAGCUGUCACGCAAGCUGAUUUCGAGGCGAUCAGUUAAGUGGAAUAUUUUUCACGGGUGGAUCAUAGUGAAUAUGUGUGUGGUUAGUCCCCGGACUGCAUAAUCACAGUAGAUCAACCCUCCUCCAUUUAAACACACUGAAGCUGUUGGACAAGAGCACCUCCUCACCGAGUAACUCUCAAAUGCACGGCUUGCUCAUGCCAUCAGAAAGCAGAAAACGGCGUCACAGCUGCGAUGCCGCGGAAGAGCAAAUUCUACCUCAAGCUAAGAGGUAUCCAGGUCAUCCUUUCUUUUCGGAGCUAUCCCAUGAUGUAUGGGACUGUGAGUCUUCCAGUAGUGAUAGCAGUUGCAUUAGCAGCCCAGAGAAGCUGGCAGGAGCAGGCUCUAUCUGCCAGUCUGUAGAGCAAAAUGGAAAGUGUGAGGAUUCCUGUAGCCCUAGCACCUCUGGUCAGAUGGGAAAUGAGACGGCCUUCCCACUGUGCAAAGCUGAUGACCCUUACCAUCAUAUCAACUGCAUCCUUAGAGAAGCCCACUUCAACAGUUUGAAGAGUCGUGGCCAGCCAGGAGCAACCUGAGCACCACUGGCUAACCAAAAGUAUAGUACAAAAGAAACCUGCAUCAGAGGCACAAUGUGAAUCUCUCUUCUGUUUGGCUCAACUGCUUUGGUACCCAUUUUUACAGCGCUUUUCCAUUUUCAUGAUCGGUGUCCGAUAUUGUUUAGAUCUCUACUUGGGUGCUACAACAUAAAAAUCUCUGACAGCAUGCUAUAUGAUUAAUACAUGGUGCUACGUGUUAAAUAAUACAGUCAUACAAGGUAAGAGAGUGUGACAUGACGUGUUGUUAGUGUACCUGUUGCUGAGUAGUGAACAAAGUGGAAAAGGUACACAUCGUUAUAUGUUCUUCUUCCUUGAAAAAAAGAUCUCUGGGAUCACAGAAGCACAUGGGAGCAUUUAUGCAUAAUGACUUAAUGACAUUAGAUGUAAUUCAUGUACAAAGGACUCGAGAGUAAUUGUGUUGCAUUUGUUUCUAUUAAAUUUUUAAUCAUGCC